AUGGAACGCGAAGGCGAGAAGGAGAACCAAGGUGGCGAACACUACGACGCGAACACCUCGGAGACGAGCGACAUCAGCUGGGCGAGUAGGAGCGGGAGCGGCAACGUGCCAGUAAGAACGAAAUCGUCGCCGAAGAAAGAGACGAAGGGCAAGCAACAGCAGAAGAAGAGCGGCAGCGUGCUGGGGGGAGGUGGAGAUCAGCAAGGAGGUCAGAGAAAUACGGUGCUGCUGCUAAUCGAUGACGAAAAGGUGAAGCCCAUCGAGGUCGAUCUCUUCUGCAAGACCUACCCGAAGGAGCACGAGGCGUUCACGAAUGCCUUCCUGCGACAGAACGAUUUCGCGAGGAAGAUCUUUGCGGGAGGCGAUCGACUUCUCAAGUGGUACUUCCAGGAGGAUCAUCUCACCUUCCCGCGGCUCUGCCUCAUCUACCAGAAUCGAUGCAGCCAGGGGCGCACCAAUCCCUGGGUGCCCAAGCUCAUCCGCGGUGGACCGGCCCUGCGCGGACCUGUCGUGCUCGUGCAGCAGAAGAAGUCGCCCAACGCUGAGACCGUCGUCUUCGACCAGUAUAGACGUGAAGAUCGACACAUGCUGCCCGCUGCGGCCUCGUACCUCGUAGCGGCCCACGUGUCCUGUGGCGACGUCCCCACCCGCACCGCUACGACCGCUCCCGCCCCUCAGAGAAACCCCAUGCGGGCUUCAGCGCCUCCCCUCUCGCUCAAGGGGAUGUCGGCCGGAGGAGGAAGGACAGGGAUCAUGGCGAUGGACGACAGCGUACAGCCUCAGCACCCCUACCUGUCAUCGUCGACGCUCUCGCCCACGGCCCCGCCCUUCUCGAUCGCCAUGCACUCGUCGCUGCCCAGCAGUCCGUCAUCAUCGAGCCCAUCGUCAAGCUCCUCGUCGAGAGUCUCGUCGCCUUCGAACACCCCGCCUUCAUCGCUACCGCACUCGCCCAGAGACUCCUUCUCGGGAUCCAUGUUCGUCUCCUCGCCAGCGAGCGCCACACGACCUGGAGCGCCAUCAUCCGCGUCAUCAUCGUUUCACGCCUUGCAACAGUCCGACAGCGCCGUUCCACCGUACACGUCGCCGCACUUCUACUCGCCGCCGCUCACGUCGGGAGGUGGACAGCACGAGUCACCCGGGUUCGAUGGCGGUGGGCUGGUGGAGAGGCCCGCGAUCGGCAGCAGCAACGGUGGCAUCCCCGUCUCCCGCUCCUCUGACGAGUUUUCGGCCUUCUCCUCGCACGCGUUUCCCUAUUCGCUCUGGUCGUAUCCUGCAUCGGCUUCGGCAGCCCAGCCUCCGCCGACAGCACCGGCCUCGCACCACCAACAUUCGUACUCAGCCGACGGCAUGCUCUCGCUCUCGGGGCAACACCUUCUCCCUCCGCAUCAUGCUCAGCAUCAGCCUCUCGCCCAGCCGCUCUCCCUCUCGACUUCGGGCGUCUACGUACCGUCGCACCACCAGUACCGCCCUUCAUCGGUGGCGUCCCGACCGCCCACCCGCCACUUCUCGUGGGAAGGACCGCUGGAGAAGCCGACUCGAACGAUCUCAGGACCGGAACUGCUGCGUGCCACCUAUCCCGCCCCUAAUCCGCCGCCCUUCGCUUCCGCCGCCGCCGCCGCCGCUAGGAGACCCUCCGUCGAUUUGGGAGGCGGUCGCGAGGGAGUGGACGAGCAGAUCGUCGGGCAGCUCAAGAAGAUCAGGGAUUCGCCACUUCUGGCCAAGGCCAAAGCAACGCGUCUCGCGCACGCCUACGAGGAAUACCUGAAGACUCGCGAAGCGUCCGCGGCCCACGGCGAGGGAGCGAAGAAGCGGAGCGCCGCUGUUGGCGGUAAGCCCUCGGGUGUCACGCGCAAGACCAAGCUGUUCUGCCGCACGCUGCUCUUCGACGCCAAGGUAGCACAUGCGAGCGAGCGGUGCGAAGACGACAUGCGAAGCAAGCGGUCGAUGGCCAAGUGGGAGGAGCUGAUGCGGACGGAGCUACGCGACAUGCUCGGCGACGGCCUGGUCGACAGUCACCUGGCAGAUAGGAUACUUCUCGCAUGCUUCGCUCAACGGAAAGUCCAGACGGCCCGUGACCUCGUGCGCGAGAUCGCGAAGCAGGCACCUAAGGCCGUGUCUCGAGAGGAUUGGGCGCUGCUGGCAGACAAGUAUGAAGUUUUCAGCCCAUGGCUGGCCACCUUCCUGCGCAGCGUCGCCUCGGAGAAGCCGCCUACGGACCUCGAUGCCCGAGACGCUAGAGUGACGCUGCGGAUCGUCAGGCGGCGAACUUACGACGGCGAAGACGAAGACGAGGAGAUGUUCCGCACCAUCGCUCCGCUGUCGGCCACCGUCGACGAGCUCAAGCACAAACUGUGGCAGGAGCAAUGCAGACUGGCCGCCGAGGGUGGCGACGACCGCGGCCACCUGCUCAGGCCCAACGACAUGGGCGUGCUCUACCGAUUCAAGCGGGGCAUUGAGGUUCAUCUACAGAGCCAAGACACUCUUCAGGACUUCCUCCUCCCGCACCCUUCCGUCGAGCCGGCUACGGAGGACCAGAAGCGGAGAGUCGAGAAGGACGACGCCAGAAAGGCACGCACCGGCAAGGUUGAGCCAACCCCGUCGUACGACAUGGUCAUCACCGAGGAGCCUCGGCUGCUCGCCUUCGCCCAUUUCCCCGACCUCGUACAGAACCUCGCCGAGCUCAAGAGCAUGAUCGACAGCGAGGAGCGCGACCUGUGGAACUACGAGCCUGCGGGCCGGGAUCGCGAGGACUCGCGUGGUGGGAUGCUCUACGACUACCUAUGCCACCAUUUUGAAUAUUUGGAGGAGCAGAAUCGCGGCGCCGUGCGUUGCGAGAGGAAGGAGCGACAGCGGCGCAAGGAGCGAGCCAUGCUGCGGGACGAGCGACAGAAGAAGGACGCCGAGAACGGCUACCGCGACCAGGGACGCAAGGAGAAGCGCAUCGAGGCGGAGCUGCACGGCAGAAGAAGCGUCGACGAAGCACCCCCGCACGUGCCGAAGUACAUCGUGCGCUUCCUCGCUGCAGCGACCGUGACUGAGGAGCCCUCUACGUUCCUCACCGCCGCUGAGCGUAGAGACAAGCAACUCGGCGGGCGGCGUGUUGAGCGCUGUGCCAUCCAUCUCGGCAGCCUCACUAAGGAGGACGAGGAGCCACUCUACGCCGUCUUCACCAGGAACUCCGAGUGGCCUUACGCAUCACCUCAGCGCUGGGCAUUCCAUGCUUGGAGCGAUGAGUUCUCUCUGGUCGAGAAGUACGGCCUGAGCAACUCCAGCUCCGCCUCGUCGUCGACCGCCUCGACCCCACGCACCAUCGUCGACGUUCUGCCGUCGCCGCCGCGCUACUUCGAAAGCGUGCAGGACCUCUACGUCGUACCGGGCGUCAAGAUCUACCUCAACGCCGAACACGUCCUCAAGAACAAAGCCAACUGCAAGAGAUUCGACCAGUGCGCCUACACCAAGGACGAACUCGCCUUCGUCACAGACACUGCCAGGCGCGCUAGCCUCGACUUCGCCCUCACUCGCUGUCUUCGUUCGCUUCAAAACGACCCCUCUCUGGCCGUUCCCCAGUCGCGAGCCGAUGCCUCAGGCGCCUUCCAUUUGGAGUUCCUAGCACCUGUAUACGUCAGGCCGCGCAAGCUCCAGAAGCCCGACUUGAUUGUCGCGCUCGAGAGGAGAUACGACAGCGAGGGUCGCCUGAGCUGCUAUGUCGCGACUUCGCUUCUGACCUUGGCCCAGGCCUUCGCCAACGCCCGCCGCGUAAAGAAGAUCCGACAUCGCACCGAGGGCUUGAACCACCACUACGGCUCUGGCCAGAUUGGAGCCAAGCGCAACUACAAGACCAAGAGGAACCACGAUGACGACGAAGAUGAGUUCCGAUUCGAGGCCGAGAUCGAGAAGUGGGUGAGCGAAACCGAAGGCGAGGAAAGCGAGGACACCGAAGAAGAUAGCAGCGACUCCACGACGAGCGGCUGA